CCAAUCAAAGCAGCAGCUCUUCAAUGCAAGUACUUUGGUGGUUGAAGAGCCAUGACAUCAUGCUCGACUGCAACCGUGUCUACUAUUAAUUCUUACUCAAAUUAACGCCACAUUUUUUUUUGUAUUUAUUACAAAAAUAAAAGAAUAGAAUUUGACGGCGUGGAUUGUUCCGCCGCGCGCGCAUCCGCCUCCCUGUCCCUGUUAUGGGCAGAGCUACGCGUCUCCGUCCAGAGGGGGAAGAGAUCCUCCGUCUGUGUGGAAAACAGCUGUGACUGAACCAUGUAACAUCCCGCCUGGGCGUCCUGUCUUGUGUUCAGCCGCCGCCAUGGAUCCAGAGAAGACCCUGACUUUCUGCCUCGGGCUGCAGGCAGAGGAGAUGACGAUGUCCUUGCAGGGGCUGGUUGCACCUGAAGAUGCUACGGUGCCUGUAAAGGAAAUGGAAACGAGUACAACAAAGAAGGUGGUGAAGCAUCAUGGGAAUGUGGACGGCCAGCCUGCAGUCAGUCCUAAAUACUGUCCCGGGGUAAACAACAAGCCUGGUUACCUGUGUGAAACAGGACACUGCUGUGGAGAGACGGGCUGCUGUACCUACUAUUAUGAAGUCUGGUGGUUCUGGCUGUUGUGGACAGUACUGAUCCUCUUCAGUUGUUUCUGUGCUUACCGCCACCGCCGGGCCAAACUGAGAAUACAGCAGCAGCAGAGACAGAGAGAAAUCAAUCUGAUUGCAUAUAACGGAGCAUCCAACUACCCGUCCUCAAUGCUGGACCUCAGUUUUCUGACCUCCCUCAAGCUGCCCACCUAUGAGGAGGUGGCGGAGCAGCCCAGCACCCCUCCUCCGCCUUAUAGCUCCGUCUUCGCUCUCCAGGGUGAUGUCACGGGGGGUCCCAGCUUUUCCUACCCUCACCCUCAUCCUCACCACCACCACCACCACCCCUGCAACCCCUGCCCCCCCUACCUGGGCCCUGGCCCGAGCGGCCUGACCUCCUCGCAGAGCUCUGACAACUACACCAGCUGCUCCUGUGAGUCGUGCUCCGUCACCUCCCCCUCCAGCACGUCCUUUUCGGUCCCGGUGACGGAUGAGACGUAUGACAGCAGCCACUUCUCAACGCCCAGCGAAGGAGGGGGUAACUUUGCUGUCACGGCAAGGGCCUCUCGCCCGUCCACGCCCUCGCCUCCUCCUCAGUCGCAGGCUCCUCCUGAUGUUAUCCCCACAGCCGCUCCCGACGUCAUCCCAGUGCGGAGACGUUCCUCUAACGGCUGUGAGGAAUCGUCUCUCAGCGCACCUCUGUCACUCCCCUUGCACUCGCAUCCAACCCGUCCGACCCGUUUCCCACUCUCUCCUCUUGUCUUGAUAUCGUCUGCUCCUCCCGGCCAGGUCCAUCCGCUCUUCCUCCAAGAUCCACCGUCGUUUCCCAAACCUGGAGACGAGACCUCCCCGUACGAUCUGCCCUUUAGCCUCACCCCCUCUCCACUCACACACCCCCUCCACCUGACAAAGGUGGCUGUCUCUAUGCACGGCAAAAACAAGGAUGUUCACAACCUGGAAAAGGAAAACGAGGACGAGGAGGAGGACGAGGAGGACGAGGAGGAUCAUUUCCAACACAGACGCCUCACUGGAGACUCGGGCAUCGAGGUGUGUCGCUGUCACGUGAAGAGGGAGGGGCAGAACCUGCAGGAUGAGCGCUUGGAGGACGGCAAAGACAUUUUAAAAGAGAGGGAAAGAGCAGACAGGAAUAGGGACGGGAUGAACACUUCCCAACAGUCGCCUCAGGAGGGCCAGGAACCUUCACCCUCCUGCAUCCCCCACAGUCAAGGCGAGGUCGCCCUCUCCGCCCAGACCUCAUAAAUCAACGGCUAAGAGGAUGUACCUGACCAGACAGGAAAGGUGUGAGGCUUUGAUAGCACUCUAUAUAGAUCAAGACAAGUAGGUGAAAAAAAGAAAUCACUGAAGAAAAGUCUUGCAGGUCGUUCUGUAGACGGGAAACGACGGUUUUCAGCGGUUCAAGGUUUGAAAAGAAUCACAGGAUUUUCAGACAGAGAUGGGGACUUGGACUAGAGCUCAAGUCACACAUAUGAGGGCUCACUUGAGGUUUGGGACUUAUGAACAGAAGAGUUUAUCCUUGUCUUUUUUUUUUUUUUAGCUCCAAGACUGCAGAAUGCAGAAACACAAACUCUCUGUUAUUGUGUCCUUACCUCUAGUUUGAAACAGUAAAAUGUUCUUUUUAUCUACUUUUAAGACUGGCGACGACAAUUAAUUACUGAUAACUUAAAUGCAAAAGUUUCAAACUUGACUUUGAUUCUCAAAAGGGAGUUGUAAGCUUCUCUUUUUAUAAUUAUUCAAAUUAUUCAAUUGAUUUAAGAUUGAUAAAACUUGUCGUUUUUAAACAAUAUAUGAUAAUAUUUGCUCCUUUUUUCCUGCUAAAGCCUCCACAGCAAUAGUGUGAGCUUUGAAGGUUCAUCACAUGGAACCCAAACCCAGUGGAAGAAAAGUUCCACAUUAUUCUUAAAGUAGCACUUUAGUUUUAUUGGAAUAGAUAUCUUAGAUCCGUGUCAGUGCACGAAAAGGAAGGCUAUAAUGUGCAAAAAAAAUCUAGAAAGUAGUUCAGAUAUCCACUGUAAGAAGGGACUUAAAAGCUACAUUUUCUCUUGUUUUAGUGUGUAAAUCAGCAACUGUUUAUAUGUAACUGACAGUUAUAUGAAGGGGAUUCUGUAUUUUCAGCAUUUCCACCACCAGGAUGCUCCAGAUCAAAUCAUAUUUAGGUAACUCUUCACAAAUAUUGAACUCUUUCAUGCUAAAAAUGUGUGUUUUCUUGGACUUCUCUGCCUUUUGCUUACUAAUACAAAGAGAGAAACUACUGCUUUCAUUGAUUUGUUUACUGGGAGAACCAUAGGUUCUAUUUUCUGGUUGUUUUCUAUUAAACGUGUGGUUUACAGAGCCGUGCAGUGGUAUCAGAGCAGCUCUGAUGUCUUUGUUUUAUACUCCUACAUACCUGGUUAUUACACUACAGCUUAACCGAGGACUGAAUGUGUUUUAACAGGCUGGUUGGUUUAUCCGUGAAGAAGGCGGGUUGUUUUUUCUCCAUAGAUGAGCUGUGGGUUCUGCUAGGUAGACACUUUAAGCUCGUCGUUAAAGAUGAAUGUAUAAUGAGUGUUAUGUGUAGCAAAAAAAACAAAAAAGUAGACUUAUACUGUUUAUAUCUUUUGCUUGCCUUUGGCCCAAAAGAAACCUCCUCAGCUUAAAAAUCUCUCGACUGUUUUAACAAGUUUUUGUGUCGUUUUUCUGAUAGUUAAGCUCAAAAUUGUAUUUCUGAGUAUUUCUUUGUUCAAAUUGUUGUGAAUAAGGAGCAAAUGAAAAAAAAAAGUUGGAAAAAGCUUUUAAGUCUGACUUAGAACCUACAACCUUGAAAACAGAUGGAUGACGGGGAGUAGGGGCAGGCUUACUCUGCACCAACAGUCACUACCAAAUUUCUAAUGAACUUCUUCAGAUACUACAUCCUAGAAAAGGACACAUGUUUUUUACAUUUUUGGUCGAUAGUGGCAUAAUAUAAUUAAAGGACCUCUGGGAAGGAUUUUAAAAUAGAUCAAAAGAUGAUCGAAGUGGGAUUUUGAUGCGAGUCUGCUGCUAAGAGUUAUGUUGGAUGCUGCUGGAAAGAAAGUGUUUAAACUCUAAGAAAUUCUAAGAUUUGUAUGUAGAAGUGGGAGUUUUUUUUUUUAAUUGUUGCAGCUAAAAGUGUCACUUCAGAGUUUGACUGUUGUCUUCUUCCUGGUUUAUUGGGACACGAGCUGCAGGCUGUGCAUCUCUUUGAUAGUGGGUUUUCUUGUACAGUUGCCUCAAAACCCUUUUGGUUGAACGCUGUGAACCACAUUUGUGCUUUUAAGAUCUUUAACGAAAAAAGCCGACUGAAGCUGUUGACAGAAAAUGUGGCCACGCUUCAGUCGUGUGUGAUUGGUUUUCGAUGUAGCCUCACAAACAGGUUUGUGCUUUGGUGAAGGUCAUCCUCUGGUUUUUGUGCAGUGGCUUACAAAUAUUGUGGAUACUUCAGCCACAGUUCAACACAAAUUGCCUCUGGCAGCUACGUGUGUAAUUAGCUCUAAAUGUGUUUUUGUCGAUUCCCACUUGUGUUGUUUUUCAAGGUGCCUAGAUAAAUGCAGACGCUCUAUGAGGCAUUCUGUGAUAUUUUUGCAAAUAUUCUUAGUGCGUAAAUGUCUAUGUGUUCUAAUUCUAACAGUGCUUAGCGUCACAGAAAGCAUACGUGAGGAUUUCAGCUUAGCAAUAGGACUUUUUCCUUGUUUUCAUUAAUGCCAGUUUAAUGGAAAAGAAGAAACUGUUGUGCAAUAAACAUUUACCUCUUUAUUACUCAUCCAUUAGCUGUGGUGGGUGGAGGCUUCUGAUUGUACAAACACAGCACUGUACAUAUGUGUGUCUUAUGUCUUCUCUCAAGUCGAUGGUUUAGCCUCAGCUCCAGUUUGAAAUGUGCGAUUUUCAACAAAAAAAAGCCGAACUUCUCUAUUUCUGGAAAGCAAAAAUAAACAAGAGGCCUUUUGGACUUUAAAGGGAAAAAAGAUGGUUGCGCUUAGUCUCCAUCAUGAAUAUCAAAAGCACAAACUGGAGCCAGGUUGAUCCAAAUGCUGGUUCCAAAUUUAAAGCCAGUGUUUGGAAAAUGAACUAAAAUGUGUUUUUCUGCAGCUACUGUGUACAGAUGAAAUGCCUAAUCUGUAGACCGAGGCCUGAAGACUGUUACCUUACUGGAGUUUUGACGUAGGACUGUUUUAUAUUGUAACGCCAAUAGUUAAAAGACGAUCCUGCUUAGACUGUUGGAUGUUUUACUGUAUCCCAAAUCCCAGAGCUUGUCAGGUAUUUCAGUUUUAUUUACCUCACUGAUCCAUCUAUCAGCUAAAAAAUGUUUUUUUAAUGGUUUGAUCUGAAGUGAUAAACCUUUAUUUCUGUAGAACAGAAUAUUUAAAUGAGAUCAUAUGUGAGGUGAAAAUUUGUGCAACAUGUUGUGCUUUUUUAGACAGUAUCUUUGUGCAGCGCUCCCUGCAGCUCCUCAGUGCGUCGUCUGCAUGUGUGAGAGAUCAAAUCAUUGUCGCUUAUAGUCAAACCAAAGUUGAAUGUUGACAUAUUCAUCGUAAUACAUAUCCAAACUUCAUGGAAGAUUUUCUUUUUUAAAUACACUUUUCAUGUGUUGUAAUUUUGUUAGAAAAAUGUAUCCUUCCUGAAUUUAUAAAAAUAAAAGCUUUGAAAUUUGUUACACAAUAAAUGUGCAUUCAAGUAAAUGUCUUUUUUGUCAACGUGAUGUAUAAUUAAAUGCAGUUUUUUUUUUUAUUUUAGUGUCAACUGUUUCCUUGGAAAUGUGGAAAUGCAAUUUUUAACACCAUGACGUGAAGUUUAGGCAUGUGCCACUUAAAAUAGAAUAUGCAAUAUUAAAAAAAAUAAUUGGAUAAUUGAAAGAAAAGACUGUUGAGGAUGAGACUUUUUGCAUAAAUAUUGUUUUUGAAGAAGAUGGUCUGGAUUGGUGAUCUUUCCCCAGUAAAAAA